AUGCAGACCAAACACUUUUUUGAUGACCCGGACCAUCUGGUCCGCACGGCUCUCCACUCUCUCACCCUCACAAAUCCCGCUCUUGCCUUCGACCCCGAAAAUAAGGUCAUCUUCCGUCGUCCCGAAGCUGUCACAAAGAACAAGGUCGCCAUCGUCUCCGGUGGUGGCUCGGGCCAUGAACCGGCCUUCGCGGGCUUCGUGGGUCGCGGUUUCUUAGAUGCCUCGGCCGCGGGCACCAUCUUCGCCUCGCCCUCCGCCGAGCAGAUCCGCAAGGCUGCAAUGGACUUCGUUGACAAUGAGAAGGGUGUCCUCAUCAUUCCCAUGAACUACACCGGUGAUGUGCUCAACUUCGGUAUGGCUGCUGAGAAGGCGCGGGCCGCCGGAAUCAAGACCGAGUUCUUUGCCAUCAACGAUGACGCCGGUGUCGGUAAGAAGAAGGGCGGCAAGGUUGGCCGUCGUGGAAUCGGCGGUGGAGUCCUGAUCCUGAAGAUCGUCAGCGCCUUGGCUGAGGCUGGUGGUUCCCUCGAGGAAGUCUACCGCACUGCUCAGUUCGCAAACCAGAACCUCGCCUCAGUGGGUUCGUCUUUGGAACAUGUCCACAUUCCUGGUCGAGAGCCAGUGGGCGACUCCAUCCCUCAUGGUGAAGUCGAGGUCGGAAUGGGCAUUCACAAUGAACCCGGCUCUCACCGGGUGAAGGCCACCCUUCCGGAACUCGUCGAGACCAUGCUCUUCCAGAUCCUGGACCACAACGAUCCUGACCGUGCUUUCCUCACUCACCAGCCUGGUGAUGAGUUUGUGCUGUUGAUCAACAACCUGGGCAGUGUCAGCACCCUCGAACUGUCCGGUAUCACCGAUGAGGUUUACCGCCAGCUGGAGCGCAACCACAACAUCAAGCCCAUCCGGGUCAUCCAGGGAACCUUCCUGACCAGUCUGAACGGUCUGGGCUUCAGCAUCUCUCUUCUCAAGCUUGCGGAUAAUGGCCUGGGUCCCGGAAAGUCGUUCCUUGAGCUUCUCGAUGCUCCUGCGGAGGCCGUGGGUUGGUCCGCGCCCAUUCGCCCAUCCACCUGGGCCCACCGCUCCGACGCGCCUGUGGAGACCAAGAAGACCCGUCGCGCGGAAGAUCAACCCUCCAACGUGAAGCUGGAUCCCGCCGUCCUCAAGAAGGUUCUGGGAGCCGGUCUCAAGAGAGUCAUUGCGGCCGAGCCCCAGGUCACCCGCUACGAUACCAUCGUUGGCGACGGUGACUGUGGCGUGGGCUUGAAGCGUGGUGCCGAGGCGGUUCAAGCGCUCCUGGACGACCCCUCCGCCAACCUCACCGAUGAUGUGGUGCAAGCGGUGAACCGCAUUGUCACCGUCGUGGAGAACACCAUGGACGGUACCUCAGGCGCAAUCUAUGCCAUCUUCCUUAACUCUCUGGCUCACGGUCUGCGCGAGCAGGACAAGGGGUCUGCCACCCCCGCCAACGCGGAAGUCUGGGCCGCGGCCCUCAAGUACUCCCGCACCGCGCUGGCUAAGUACACCCCGGCUCAGCCCGGCGACCGCACCAUGAUCGACGCCCUUGUGCCCUUCUGCGAGACCCUCCUCCAGAGCAAGGACGUGCAUGCGGCCGCCAAGGCAGCCAACGACGGCGCCGAGGCGACCAAGGCCAUGAAGGCCAGCCUGGGACGCACCGUCUACGUGGGCGGCGAAGAAGAGUGGGUGGGCAAGGUGCCCGACCCUGGCGCGUAUGGUCUGGCGGAGUUCCUGACUGGCAUCGCCGACGCUAUCUAA